AGUUAACUCGGUCAAGUCCAAACGGUGCGUUUAAUGGAUAAUGAAAACAAAAUAAAUAACACCGCAGAGGCGAGAAACAAAUCAGCAUACAAACCCAACCCAGAAAUGGAAAGUGAAGAAGACAAGAAAUUAGAAGGAGAAACAAAGGAGAAGGUUUUCCAGAUUUUUAAAGAUUUUUUUACAAGGGUGGCAAAGCUUGAUGAAUUGGUGGCCGUUGGAGGCAGACUACUUACUGGCUUUCAGCAAGGACUAGAGUUUCUUCGACGCCCUCCAAUAAACAAGACAUCCAAGUUGAUUGAGAACAUUAUUAAAGCCAAUGAAACAAAGAGAUUAAAGUCAUACUUUGAAGUAGGUUGUAUUACCAGUCAUGACAGUGUAGAAAAUAUGAGCAAGUUGCGCACAUGCCUACUUGGACUACAUGAUCAUUUAAUUAAAGUCAAAAGCUUGCUGAAUGAUCUCAAAUGCCUCUUGGAGGAUGCCACAGCUGCAUUGCAAACGGCAAAUGAACAGUUAUCUCCCUUGUUGGACAAGGAAUCUGUUGAAAGAUUAGACCCACAAGAAAAUAAUGGUGAAGAUGAAAUGGCUUCAUCUCAACUUCAAGAACCUCAAGUGACAGAUUAUGCUGCCCUGAUGGGGAUCAUUUAUAAUAUGGUGAAGCAGGACUAUGCGAUGCAGGAAAAGAUUGUUACUUCUCUAAAUCUCAAGUCAUCAUCAGGAGAACUAGAGAGCUAUUGCCUGAUGUGGUCUUUGCGACCCUACGUAAAUGAACAAACUAUGCAUCUAGCUUGGAAACUUGUUCCUUGAAUUUUAUCACUUUUUUAAAGAAUCCGGACUCGUUCUGUCAGAAAAAAAUAGAAAUAUUCUGUAUCAAGGACCCUGCUUCGCUAUGCAUAUUUGGUUCUUUGUAGCAUGGAAAUGAGCCAUACGCUUAUAUACGAACCUAUAAACGUCCAUUGUGUACAAUUUUUUUUUUUUCAAAACGAAAUGCUGCUGUGAAAUGAUUGAAUACAAUGAUUAUCCUUAAGUCCCUUGCAUAAGCAAAUAUGUCUAGGUAAUCAAGACCUAGGCUCAAGUUUUGACAUUUCUUUUUCCUUUUUCAAGUAUUCGAAUAAUUCUAACUUUUGAUUGAUUCUGUUAUCCAAGUGCUUCCUCGCACUUUUUUAAGGUGAUUUAGAAGGGCCUCAACCCGGCUACAACUGAAGGCAGGGCAGGGCACAUUUUUAUUUAAACAAUGAACUAUUUUAGUAUCAAAGCCUGAAUGAUGAUAGGUUAAUUCAUCUGAAGUGUAGAUAAAGAUUAAGACAGCAGAAAAGUCAUGGCCAAAAAGAAAAGGGCUACUUCAUUUAAAAAUUGAAUGUGGAGUGACAUAAGAGACAGACCAUUUUAUAUUUGAAUUCGAACCCAAUAAAU